UGUUCGGUUGUAGGAAAAUGCUUCUGUUAAGAAGAAUCCUAUGGUUUUGUUUGAAAAGUUUCUCUGAGAUUUCUUCUCUGUGCCCUGUUGGCAGAAAAAUGCUUUAUGGGUUUACUUUUUGUGUUCUAAUCUGAAAUUGCAUUGACAAAUCUGGAGGCCAGUCAAAUAAUUCAAUUUUUUUCUUGUUAUUCUCUUCAAACCUUUUAGCUAAAUCAGAAAAUUAGAUACCCCAAUAAGGUAGGAACACACAGGAUGUUAGGGGGAGGUGGGGGGCGGAAAAGCAAAAAUAUUCAUAUAAAAAUCCUCAUUCAUGAAUGUUAUCUGCUUGUGUAAAGUUUCCAAUCAAUAACCCAAAAACUAGUGAAGAGUGUGAGGCACCAAUUGAGUUAUCAGUGCUUCUGAAUACUGCUCAUUUAGCAACUGGACCCAAACUUCUGGAGUCUGGACUGCCUUGGCUACACAAGCUUUGACCACUUUCUUGAAGCAUAUUCAUGCAAUUUAGUAGUUAUGGAUUGUACUCUUUCGGUUUCAGGCAUCUCUUGGUAAACAAAAUUGUUCUCUACUUAUAUGAUUAUAACCCAAGCAUUAAAAACAUUUGUUUCUUCUUCUCCAUUGAGUUGUGGUAUGUCAAUGCCUCUUGCAUAAUCCUAUCUCUUUUGGUCAUGUAGAGAAUUGGAGACCUAGAACCAUCUGCGAUUGUAAUGUAGACCAGUUAACAAGUGAUUUAAGCACUGUGAAUGAUGUAGUUAGGGCGUAGGGAUAAUUAGAGAUAUUUAUGUAAUAUGUAUUUUUUUAUCUUUAUCUUGUUAGAUUCGUAAUCGUUAUCUUGUUAGGCUUAUGUGAUAUAUUUAUUCCCCUCUCAUUCAGCUCCUACUUGUCAGCCAACAUUGCUUGUACAGGUCAUCUAAUUCCCUUUAUUAUCAACUUCUCUCUCUUGCGGGGAUUGAUGUGCACUAACAAGAGUAUUUUUGUUCUGGCAUGUAUAUUGGCAAUGAUUCAUCCUUUUUAAGAACUUCUGAUGCUUUUCAAGUUAAUCCCUUUCCAAGCUCCAGAAGGCGACUUGAUUCAUGGGAUGCUCUCUCUCUCCUCCAAAAUUGUCGUGGAUUCGAACAAUUGAAACAAAUUCAUGGACAAAUUAUCAGAAAUGGCCUCUCCCAAAACCAAAUACUUGCAUCCAAACUUCUCAGGCUUUGUUCUUCCUAUAAUAGAAUGGAUUAUGCUAUUCCUAUAUUCUAUCAAAUCCAAAACCCAAAUACUUUCACUUGGAACAUCAUGAUCAGAGCAAACACCUUAAAUGGAAAAUGUCAUGAUGCUCUCCUCCUCUAUAAUCUGAUGAUGAGGCAAGGUGUGCCACCAGAUAAGUUCACAUUUCCAUUUGUUAUCAAAGCCUGCCUGGUUUCCUCUAGAAUUGAUAGAGGAAAAGAAGUCCAUGCACUUGCCAUCAAGACUGGAUUUUCUGAAGACAUCUUCUUGCAGAAUAAUUUGAUGGAUCUUUACUUCAAGUGUGGUGAUUCAAACUAUGCUCGUAAGUUAUUCAACAAAAUGCAUGUGAGGAGUGUUGUUACAUGGACGACUAUGGUAUCUGGUCUUGCUUCUGCUGGGGAGUUAGAAGCUGCUCGUACAACUUUUGAGCUUAUGCCUGUUAGAAAUGUUGUGUCAUGGACGGCAAUGAUUAAUGCUUAUGCGAGAAACCAGCAACCCCAUGAAGCAUUUGAGCGUUUCAGGCGUAUGCAGCUUGAUAAUGUGAAACCAAAUGAGUACACGUUGGUUAGCUUGCUGAUUGCCUGUACAGAAUUAGGAAGUCUGAGUUUGGGAAGUUGGCUUCAUGAUUUUGUGCUGAAGAAUGGGUUUGAAUUGGGUGUUUUCCUUGGGACGGCUCUUGUUGACAUGUAUAGUAAAUGUGGUAGUCUAGAUGAUGCUAAGAAAGUGUUUAAUAAGAUGCAACAUAAGAGCAUAGCAACUUGGAAUUCAAUGAUCACUAGCUUGGGUGUGCAUGGGAAAGGAGAGGAAGCUCUUUCUGUUUUUGCUGAGAUGGAGAAGACCAAUCUACGGCCUGAUGCAAUAACUUUUGUGGGUGUUUUAUGUGCAUGUGUACAGACAGGUCUGGUGGAUGAGGGUUGUAGAUAUUUCAAAUGUAUGACUGAACGCUAUCAUAUUUUACCUACCAUAGACCAUUACAGUUGCAUGUUUGAGCUGUUGAAUCGUGCUGGCAUGCUGAAUGAGGCUUAUGAAUUGAGAGAUAUUCUGCCAGUCGAGCCAGAUGCUGAUAGAUGGGAAGAUUUGCUUGAGGAAAACAGGGUCAAUGGUAAUGCUGCUCUAGAGGAAGUUAUAUACAAGCAUGUCAGGAAGCUAAACCAUAUGAGAAUGGGUCAACCUUGUGAACCAUCUGGACUUCAGCCUCAGUAUAUCAAGUGGGAAGUUGGCUGAUUUGUUUCUCCAGAGAAACCAAUGGUUUUUCUUAUGCUGUACAAACUUUAAGCUCCGAACAGAUAGUUUCAUGGCUUUGGAGCUCUAUUUAACACUAAAUUAUUUGCUCAUGCAAUGAACUCUGAAGAUCGGUGGAUGUAACGGGCUUUUUCUUACAACCUCAGAUUUGCUGGAAAACACAUGGCGGUUUCUUUGGCAGCAGAAGAGUGGUCCAUGAUUCCUAAAGUUAGCAAUGGCAUUCCCAAAGUCUGCUUGUGUGUAGGGGAGUAUGGGGUGGGAUAGUUAGGGAGUUGGUCCCCCAUGUCAUGGGGUGGGGUAACAGGGGAAGGGAAGCGAGGGGAAAUUACUGUUACACACUGCACAUCAUUUGGUUGGGUGGAGAGAGAGAGAGAGGCCAUCGUCUUCUUCCCCUGAUCUGAUAUCUUCUCUCUGUUUUUCUCCCCUGCAACGUUCAGGCCUGUCAAAAUGUUUUCUAAUGGCAGCGAACAACCUUGGUUUCUAUACACAGUCCGGUGGUUAUUGAAUUACUUACCAGAAAUUUUAAUUCAAUUCCCCUUAUCUCAGUUCUCACAUCCAAUUUGUCAAUGCACAGAAUUUGUUAAGACACAAGGAGAGAAGUGAUAAAGAAAUGGCGGUGGCAGUAGUUUCUGGAAGAAUAUUCACACUGAACCCAGGUGCCCCUUUCUUCAUCCUAGCAGCUUUCUACGAAGUAGGCGAUUUCUCCACAAAGUGGUGGGAGUUGGUGAAGACCUUUACAUGGUUCCAUGACUACUGGCUUUCCCUGCAUCAGAAACCCCAUUGAUGAUAACGACAACACAGAAAAUUUGUUGCCAGACUCAUUUUUUCUUGGUGUUGAUGAGGAGUCUCAUUUCGUGGCUCAAAUGCAAGGUUGGUUCAGAUGCAUGGAAGGUCAAAAUGAAUCAACGUUAUCAGCCCCUUCAAAAUUAGAUGUAACAGUUACAAAAUUUGAAGAGAAAUCAGUCUUGGUUUUCAUAAACAGUCCGGUGGUUUCCUCUUUCUAUAACUUCCAGUAACCUUUGUUAAUGGAAUUGUCUGACUCCUCAGUUGCUUAGAUGACAGGCAAAAGAUUGAACAUUGAUUGCUUUACUCUGUAACAGGACAUCAUUCUCGGUUUCAAAUAGGUUUUUGUCUGGUGAGAAACUGAGGAUGUCAAUAGAAAAUAUGGGAGAGGAAAAAGGGGGGUGGGAUUGGGGAAUCAAAAGGGUAAAUUGCAUGAGGACUAACCAAUUGUGAUGCGGCUUAACCUGCAAAGUAGACUGCAUACUCAUCAAAUUAAAGCCAUUAGCAGCAGUUCACAGGAACCUCAGAUCCUUCAUUUGGGUCAGCUUUGGUAAAGUUUUGAAGGAGUUGGGAAGUUCUGGAGUUGUUGGAGGAUUGGAUGUAGAGGAGAGAGACAGAAAAAAAAGAAGAUGAUGCAAUUUUUCCUUGAACAGUGCCAAUGUCUUGUGAAAAAAAAAAAAGGUAAGUGCAUGUAUGUAGUGUGUAAAAAAAAUACAUUGGUUAUAAUCUUCUCAGAUAACAACUACUUUUGUAUUACAUCUAAUGCUGUUAACUGUUUGUGCUGCCAGCCUGCCACACUAUUUUGUUAUUUAAGAGAUGAAGUAUUCUUUAUAUUCAACAUGUAGGGGGACAAACGUAAUUUAAUCACUGCAAGCUAUGCACAGAGAAUACUGUUGAAUUUAUAAUAGCUUUGGCUUGAGGAAGAGAACAUGCAACUAUGGCAUGAAAAUAUGGGAAAUUGAUACUCUUUUGUCUUUGAAGAACUUGGUACUAUCAUUCCAAGAGGACACAAAUACUAAAAGCUUUAUUAUCUGUCCAUAUAUUGUAGUGACUUGUCCUCUAUACAUGUUAGGCCAUUUUAUUUCUCUGUUAUUCUAUGAGUCUAAUUAGGAUUUUUUGUA